AUGGCCUCGGCUGAGUGGCCCCGGCCCGGGUGGGCCUCGUGUCACAGCCCCAGCACCAACAACUGCCAGGACCUGGGCAAGUCCAUCCUGUCGCUGCUGGGGCUCAUCAUCUGCGUUAACAUUGGCAUCAAUACAGUGACACUGGUCAGGCUCUGGCGCAGACUCCGUGGCUUCUUACACCAAGUGUUUCGAGUUAUUUGUGAGAAAGAAGCUUCUGAGUUAUGCUCACCUGCGAAGUACACGCAGCCCCCGAAGCAGAGCACCCCUGCAGUCGGCCUUCGGUGCACCAUGGACCCUGUGAAAAUGACCGUGUCCCCCCCACCCAUUCGCCGCCAUCGCCGUCGAGACUCUUCAGCACGCCGCGCCCACCGCCCCGUAGCCUGGGCCCCUGACAAUGACAGCGAUGAUGAGAAGCCCCCACGUCAGCACACAACAAUCUGCUCCCACAACUGGAAUUGCCCCAAGGACUGGGAAGGCUUUCAGUCCACCCAGGGGUUCUGGACUCCCCGGGCCCAAGAUGCCGUGGAGCCACCUACCCAGACCAUCCACUUCCAGCAAACUGCAGAGGGAAGGCCGCUCAAAAGAGAGCAGUCAGAGCUGGGCCUACAGGCCUACGCGUACCCUGAACCCCCGCCCCACAGCCCUCAGGCCCUGAGCCACAAGAACGGUUGGGGGGUGCCCCAAGAAGAACAGGAGCAGUGCUCGCCAGCCCAGCCACCCAUCCUGGGCCCGGCCCACGUCGCAGACAUCCCCCGGCGCCACUCCUCAGGGCGCGUAGCCUAUAAUGCCAGAGACGUGAGGCGGCGGCUGCGGGAGCUGACCAGGGAGGUGGAGGCCCUGUCCCACUGUUACCCCCCGGUCUCUGGAUCCAGCACGGCUGAGGGGCCGGGAAAGGCCUGGGUAUACCAUUCCCUGACAGAGAGGUGACUGGAAGAAGAAUAAAAAGAAGAGAGGAGGUGGUUUGUGGUGGUGUGGGGGGGUGCCAGGGCCCACACAACACCCAGAAGCCUGGUUGCUAAGGAAAUGAUCUCCCUGGCAACAGGGCCUAGAGAGCCCUGAGGACCCUCAUCAACCUCUUGGCCUCACCAGGCCCUGUCCUCAGCCCUUCCCCAGGCCCUUCUUGGUUCCAAGGCUCCCACCUGCCUCUACUCUGUUCUUUAGUGCCCAGGGAAGCCCCCCAAAUCCCAUUCCAGAUCCCCAGGCAGUACUGGCCUCAGUCUCUCAGAGGUCCGGCUCCUACCACAGCCCUGGUUUAGGCUGUAACUACAGGUGAGGUGUGGUCCCUCUGAAGCCCUGGUUCCUUUGGGGAGGGAUGGCUGAGAGUGAGGGUACCCAGGCCCUCACAGUUCCCCAGUCAGAACCCAAAGCUCCUGUAUACUCGAGAAGGCUUGGAGCGGAGGAUAAAAUAUUGAGGACACUCUCAAGGGCUGCGUCCACACAGCCCUGUGUGACCUCACUCCUCUGAUUAGCACUUCCACGUCACAAAUGAGGAGACUGAGGCUCAGAGACGCCAAGUGACUUAUUCAUGGUCACACGGACACCAAGGAUCAACUUCAUGGCCUCAGACGCUCCAUCCCCCAGCUCCCACAGGUAGAUUCCCAUUGCUGCUGGCCCAUCAGAGUCUCCUCCCACCUUCCUCAGUUUCCCAUGUAAACUCAUCGGGAUAUUGCAUCCACUGGACAGCAGGGAAACCCAGGCCCUACCUACUUCUAGACACUUGGGAUCACACACAUGCACACAACCUGGGAACAAGGAGCCAGGUUGAAGGGCCUAGACCUCACCUUCCAUACCAGAUGGGUUCCUGGAAUGUGAGCAGAUAGGCCUUCUAUGAAUCACCCUGCUUCUCUGUUCAUUUUCAUUUGACUAACGUUAUCGAUCAUUUUAAGCUGAUUCCAUUAAGUGGGUCUAUAUUGAGCACCUGCUACGUGUUCGGAGUCUUGAUGGAAAAUGCCCACUGGCUCUUUCUAUUUCUUUCUUUCUUUUUUUUCUUUUUGGCCAUGCAGUGUGGUUUGCAGGAUCUUAGUUCCCCAACCAGAGAUUGAACCGGGGCCCUCAUCAAUGAAAGCGUGGAGUCCUAAUUGCUGGACCUCCCGGGAAUUCCCGGUUCCUCUAUAUCUGUUGAGAUGUUCAUUGUACAAACAAAAUGACUUGAGGUUCCCCAGGUACCACUUUCACAGACCCCAGCAAUGAACCCUGUUUAUAAUAGUAGAUUCCUUUUGUCAUAUCACAAUUACAUCUAUUUUGUGCUUUGUGAAUUUCAUGUGGUUUUCUCAAGACAGCAGCUAACCGUUUUUCAACUCGGAGGGUUGGCUCAGUGGGAGGGCAGUUGGUUAGGAAGGAGAGAAACCAUGGUUGGGGGUGGUCUCUGGCAAAGGUGGCAAACCCUUGCUCUGAAGCGAAGGGGCCAGUGGGCUCAGUGACCACCAACACCUAAGGCUGCAACCCCUGGCCAGGAAGGGGUGGGUACGGUGGGUACUAGAGGGGUUAUGACAGGGAAAUGGGCAGGACAAGGAGGGGAUGGUGCAGUGGGGCGACGCCAGAGGGGACUCUUACUGUCACUCAUCCAUCUAGUCACCCUCGCUGCUGGCCCCAAGCAGGCGUGGGUGGGGAAUAACAACAGGCUACAUAAGCUGCUAUAACGUCUCGAACAAUGAAAUGGAGGAAAUCCUUUAUGCAUGAUUCAGUCCCUAUGAAGACUGUCUCUCAUCUGUAGCAACCAUGCUUGCAAAUCAAGUUAAGCAAGGCCCCGUGGAGACAGAAGGGCAGACUGAACUCUGGGGACUAGGCUCCAUGUAGUGGGAGCCGAGGGCAGAGACGGCCACAUAAAGGGCCAGCUGAGUGGAUGAAAGAUUGGCCACCUCGGCAUUGUGACUCCCUGCAACGUGCCUCGUUAUGACCAUGCUCCCUCACCUGUUGGUGGGUGUCCGCAGGUCCUGGCAUGACUGCACUGUGGGUCAGGGCCGGUGGCGGGGGGGGCGGCCCGCAGCCCAGGUGGCCCUAGGACCCCCCCACCGUGGAAAA